UGCAGAGAGAGAAUAAUCUGUUUUGCAAUAAAAAUAUACAUUAAUAAUAGUUCGAAGUGAUAAUAUUGAUUAUUAGUACUAUUAUUCCAACACUUGUUUGCUUUUAUUAUUAUUUUUGCACACAUAAACCUUUUUGUACCCACAAAUAUGCUUUGAAACUAUUAUAAAUAUUUUACAAUAAACUGAAGCUGCUACUGUUCAGUUGUCUCCCGAGUUGACCUUGCUGACCUCAUUCGGCUGCAGGUUCAUUGUGUUUUUCCCACUUCUGUCUCAUAGGAUUUACAUUUGUGGGAACUUCCUCUUCUGCAGGACAUGCGUCGUCUGUCAGUGGCUUCCCUCUUUCUCUGUGUUUGGUUGGUGGAGAGAAGCCACAGUGCCAGCAGCCUCCAGGACAGCAUGAGGCACCUCCACAACAGUUUCUCCAUCAGUCUAUACCAGACUGUCACCCAGACGGAGAACGGCUCCAACCUGAUCGUGUCCCCAGCGAGCGUUUCCUUUUCUCUGGCGCUGCUGCAGCUCGGUGCCAGGGGCAACACGCGGGCUCAGCUAGAGGGGGUGCUGGGAUACAGUUGGCUCCUUGGGAAGCUGGAGCAGUUGUCGGUGGCUCUCAGUGCUGUUGGUACCAGGUGGUGUGGAGCGGUGCUGCUGCUGCCGCUGGCUCUGCAGAGCACAGUGGUGUCUGGAGCCCUAAUACCUGCCUCCACACCAACUCUAAUCUCAUUAACCACUCCUGCAGCUUUGCCUCAGGGUCAGGAGUCAAAUAUAAACAUUGCAGUUGCAUGGAAAAACAGCAUAUCAAACAGAAUUAUGCUCACAGCAGAAGACAAACUUCCAUCUGAUGAACAAAGGGGAUACAUUUUAUUUGAGACCAAUCCUAGCAAGUAUUUUAAUGUAAAACUGUCUGUGUUUCCUGCAGAGGCUCAUGUGUUGGAUUUCCUGCUGCGCUCGCAGAGUGAUAUAACCAACAGCAGUCAUGGUAUGUGGCUGCAGCAGACCUGCACACUUUUCGUCCAGAGCGGCGUCCAGCUCCUGGACGAGUUUACCCAGGGUGCAGCAGCUUGGGCCGAUACCAACGUGGUCCGGGCCAACUUCAGCCAGCCCAGUCACGCUCAAAGCCAGCCAGAGCGAGCCACAAACAACCCCGAUGACUCGUGGCCUCUUCAUUCGGGGGCCAGCAGUGGGGACGGGUCGGGCUCAGGUGAGGCCCAGGCUGACACCCUCUGGUGGGGUCAGAGGUCGCAGGUGGCUUUGGUCAACACGGUGGCAUUCAGGGGCGUCUGGCAGAAGCAGUUCAUGUUCACCAACACCCAGAACUUGCCUUUCAUGCUUUCUGAUGGAAGCACCAUCAAAGUCCCCAUGAUGCAUCAGGCUGCAGAGGUCCGCUAUGGUCACUUCAGAACUGCCUCUGAUCAGCGCUACGCAGUUCUGGAGCUGCCAUACCUGGGUCGCUCUCUGAGCCUGCAGGUGGUCCUGCAGAGUGACAGGAAGUCGCCCCUGUCCUCCCUCGAGUCGCAGCUCACUGCACGUCAGCUGGCCUCCUGGAACGUGGGCCUGCGUCGCACCAAGAUGGACAUUUUCCUACCCAGAUUCCGAAUGGAGAGCAGGUUCAACCUGAGGUCAGUGCUUCCUAGCAUGGGCAUCAGUGACGCCUUUGACCCAACCGCAGCGGAUUUCACUGGAAUAUCAAUGGAGGACGGCCUUUACUUGUCAGACGCCUUUCAUGAAGUUCGGAUAGAGGUCAAAGAGGACGGGACAAAGGCCGCUGCUGCUACAGCCAUGGUGCUACUCAAACGAUCCAGAGCUCCAGUUUUCAAGGCAGACCAGCCAUUCCUGUUCCUGCUUCGACAGCUCAACACAGGAUCCAUCUUAUUUAUGGGGCGAGUAAUGAAUCCUGCAGACCAGGCGCCAUGAAACAACCGUUCCCCCAAACACUCACACUUCUCCAUUUUCCUGCUGGUAUUUAUUCGUGGGCCGAAUGCUGGAUCCACAGACACUUAUAAAAGAGGGACAUUAUUUUUGUAUAUAACUGUAAAUAAAAUCUUGCUAUGUUUUUA